GUGUUGAGUGUAAAACUUGGUAUUGUGUUUGAAGCAUUUCAUCAUACAUCUGGUGUGCGGUUUCAAACACAUUUGGAACUCAAUAGAGCUUACUGACACUGGUUCAACUAUGGCAAUCAGAUCAUUCUCCCGGCAAACAAAAACCAUAAACCGUCUCUUCACCACAAACCCUAAACUUCAUUUCUUUAAACCUUUUUCAUCUCAAUCUCAACCCUCACUUGCUCCUCCUUCAACACAACUCAUCAACGACAUCUCUCGCAUCCUCAGCGACUACCGUAGCCCCCGACACGACAUCGUUUCAGCCCUCACUCCCUUCUCACCCGCCAUAACCACCGAUUUAGUCGAACAAGUUCUCAAACGCUGCAACAAUCUUGGUUUCUCUGCUCACAGGUUCUUUCUCUGGGCUAAAAACUUACCCAAUUUUGUACAUAGCAAAGACAGCUAUCACAUUCUUAUAGAUAUAUUAGGUAGAAGCAAACAGUUCCCAUUAAUUUGGGACUUUCUCGGAGAAAUUAAGGACUCUCAAUCCUGUGUAAUCAGCUCAGAAAUCUUCUGGGUAAUUUUUAAUGGUUACAGUAGAGCUAAUUUACCCUCUGAUGCGAUUAGGGCUUUUAAUAAUAUGGUUGAUUAUGGGAUAAAACCGAGUGUUAAUGAUUUAGAUCAGCUUUUGUAUGUGCUUUGUAAGAGGAGGCAUGUGAGGGAAGCACAGUUGUUCUUUGAUAAAAUCAAGCAUGGAUAUAAUCCAAGUGUGAAAAGUUACAGCAUUUUGGUGAGGGGUUGGGGCUACAUUGGAGAAUCAAAAGAGGCACAGAAGGUGUUUGAUGAAAUGCUUGUGAGAGGAUGUUGUGUGGAUGUGCAUGCUUAUAAUAGCAUAUUGGAGUCAUUGUGUAAAGGAGGGAAUGUGGAAGAAGCCUACAGGUUGUUUCGCGGUAUGAGGUCGAAAGGGCUUGAGCCGGAUGCGUUCACGUAUUCGAUUUUUAUUCAUGCUGCUUGUAACGCGAACGAUGUUCAUUCUGCGUUCCGGGUUCUUGAUAGGAUGAAAAGGUAUAAUCUUGUACCGAAUGUGUUUACUUACAACGCGAUAAUCAACAGACUGUGUAAAAACGAUCAAAUUGAUGAAGCGUACCAACUGUUAGAUGAAAUGCUCGAGAGGGAAGUGAAACCGGAUGUGUGGAGCUACAAUGCUAUCUUAGCUUUUCAUUGUAACCGGUUGGAAGUUAACAUGGCGACUAAAUUGGUAUCGAGAAUGGAUCAAGACUCGUGUGACCCUGAUCGUCAUACGUACAACAUGCUGCUAAAGAUGUUAAUUCGCGUAGGGCGGUUUGAUAGGGUCACGGCGCAAUGGGAGAAGAUGGAAGCGAGCGGUUUUCAUCCAUCAGCUUCGACAUAUGCGGUCAUGGUUCAUGGACUUUGUAGGAAGAAAGGGAAGCUAGAGGAUGCAUGUAGGUAUUUUGAAAUGAUGGUUGAUGAUGGCAUACCACCAUACUCUUCAACCUGUGAACUUUUGAGGAAUAAGAUUAUAGGAUUAGGGUUUCCAGAGCAAGUAGAUAUUCUUGCUGAUAAGAUGGAAAGAAGCACUAGUUGUACUAUACAAGAUCUUUCAAGCAUUAUGAGAGGUAAUAGGAAGGAUAUAAAGCUGACAAAGGAAGAGGAUAGCUCAGAAGAGAGUGAUUAUUGACACUAGAAACAGAUACUGAUAUAAUUGAUUGUAUUUUUGAUGAUGUAGGAUUUGAAUUAUUUACUUUUCUUUUUAGAGUUAAAUGUCAUUUUAGUCCCUGUGGUUUGGGUCA